CCCCUCGUCAGCCUUCGGGACGUCGACCCAGCCGCAGCGCACUCCAAACCGAACCGAACCGAACUUCAGCAUGCGCGUGGGUCUGUUGUUGCCGGUGGCAGCGCUGUUCCUCAGCCUGUGUAUGGUGCGCGCGGCCGAGCGCAAGAAGCUGCAGAUCGGCGUCAAGAAGCGGGUGGACAACUGUGCCAUCAGGUCGCGCAACGGAGACGUGCUCAACAUGCACUACACCGGCAAGCUGGAGGACGGCACCGAGUUCGACAGCAGCGUCCCGCGCGACAGACCCUUCACCUUCACGCUGGGCAGCGGGCAGGUGAUCAAAGGCUGGGACCAGGGUCUGCUGGGCAUGUGCGAGGGCGAGAAGAGGAAGCUGGUCAUCCCCGCCGAGCUGGGCUACGGAGACCGCGGGGCUCCGCCGAAGAUCCCCGGCGGCGCCACGCUCAUCUUCGAGGUGGAGCUGCUCAGCAUCGAGCGCAGGUCCGACCUCUGAUCCCGCCGUUGAGGAAGGAAAACGACCUUUCCGAGCGGAGGAGAUUCUGCAGCAUGGCCUCUGCUGACCACGUCUGCAGGUGAAGCUGGUGCCACAGGCAGAAGGAGGCUACUGUGGUUCUUGGAGCUUUUCCUGCUGACCAUUACCUGUAAUUUAAUUUUUUUUUUUUUUUUGUUUUUUACAAAAAUGGUGAUUUCGGCUGGUCAAUGGUGUUGAAGGGUUUCUGAUGCAGAUGUUGAGAUAUUUGAAUAAUAAAACUGAGAGCUGUGGAGAGAACCUGUUGUCUAAGUCAUUUACAGUGUGACGCUCUGUGUGUCUGUUUGGGCUAUGAGAAUUAAUAAUACUGAAUCUUGAUGUAAAGAAAAAAAAACGUUUGCACCUAUAUUAAAUGCAAUGCUUUCAAUGCUAGCUUUGAAAACAAACAAACAAAAAUAUCUUUAGUUUAUUUAUGUGGUAAAUGAACAACUUCUUUUCCCCAAA